GCGCGCGCCCUGCGGGACGAGCUGCGCGCCCUCGGCGUCUCGACCGAGGGGUGCCUGGACAAGGAGUCGCUGCUAGCGCUGCUCGAGACGCAGGGGGCGGCGGCCCUGGCAGGCGGCGGUUCUCCCGCGGCGACGGACUCGGCGGCCCAGUCGCCGAAGGCCGCGGCCGCCGCCGAGUCCGCAGCCUGCGAUGGCCGGGCAAGCCCGCCCGACGAGGCGGAGAAGGACCGCGAAUUCGCUGCGGAGCUGGCUCGGAUGCGAGGCCUGCGGUUGAAGGAGCUCAGGAAGGAGAUGCAGUCGCUGGGCAUCAACGUCGAAGGCCGCGUCGACAGAGAGUCGCUUCUGGAGCUGCUGGACAUCCAGGGCACGUCUGCGCUGUGGAUGCGAAAGGCUUGA